CGGAUUGCAGCAUCGGAUACACUAUCACGUCUUUAAUUCACUUUAUCCUGGCGGAGAUCUUGUAGAUAAGACACUAGCCUAUGAAUGGGGGGUCGAGAAAGCCGUGCUUGACGUGGGAUCAGGCCCUGGCCAUUGGUGAGCGAUUCGUAACACCCUGUUCGAAUCACCACAGAUUCGCGAGUACACAGGGCCAUCGAGAUGGCCAAAAAGUUCCCUCACGUCCAUGUGGUCGGUGUAGAUCUUGCACCACGUACAGACAUUCCAUCACAACCACCUAAUCUUCGGCUGGAAUUCGACGAUGCCAAUCUUGGCUUUCCUCACUAUCAUGGCUGCUUCGAUGUCGUCCAUUGUCGCUCAAUGUGUGGAGGUAUAAAUGAUCGGAAUUGGUUCUUCUCAGAGUUGGAACGUUGUCUACGCCCCGGAGGCGUCCUCAUCGUGAUUGACUGCGAAACUCCCAUACUAGACCAUAAUAAGCGGCCAAUGACACCCGCGUCAUUGGAUGGACACUAUCCACAGACUCGUGGGUGGAUGGCGCGUAUUAUGUAUGAGGCGGGACAAGAUUUUGCUGCACGUGGCGCUUCCCCUGUUUUCGGCAACAUAGCUAGCGAAUACUCCCGAGCUUUAAUGGCCACGGGAUCAUUGCCGAACCCGGUAGUUCAGCUAAUGCACAUUCCUCUUGGGCCAUGGCCAAUUGGGAACACAGAGGUGGAAACACGCUGGAUACGACAGCUUGGAGAAAUGAUGAGGCGAAAUGCAUUAGUGAGUGACUUUCAUUUUUUGACAUACUUGAAUUCCUUCUCUCUCCCAACACAUUGAUUUGCACGUUUGCAUGGCCACCCAUGACUCUUGCGUUGAGUACUAUUAUGAUCAAUCGUAGGAGUUCACACGAUCGUUACGUCCCACACUCAAAUACCGGGGUUUCAGUGACGAAAACAUCGGUAAAAUGCUGUUUGGGGCUGAACGAGAGAUGCUUGACCUAUCGGUGUGGAUGUACACACGGUGGGCGUAC